UCAGUUUUAAUUUCAAAUAUGGUAAAUGAUAGACAUAAACCAUGUAACAGAGGUCUUUGGAGACUUCAGUACUUUUUAUUUAAAAUUUUUUAUUGUAAAAUAUACAUAACAUAAAAUUUACCUUUUAAAAUAAUUUUAGGUGUACAAUUUAGUAGCUUUAAGUACAUUCACACUAUUGUGUAACCAUCCAUUUGCAGAACUAGAUUUCCAGAACUAGAACAAAUUCUGGAUAUUUCUUAUAAGUGAAAUCAUACAGUAUUUGUCUUUUCACGUCUGGCUUAUUUCAUUGAGCAUGAUGUUUUCAUGACCCAUCUGUGCCGUGCUUUUGUAGUUGAAUAAUAUUCCACUCUGUGUGUGUACCACAUUUUGUUUACCUCUUCUUCCCCUCUUUACUCCUGGUUGCAGUAUAGGAGCAUUCAAAAGUGUAACUGUUAAUUAUUGGUACUUUAAAUAGCAGAUUUACUGAUUAAAUAGUAAAUCGUAUGGUAUAGAAUAUAGAUAUGUAUAAAACAUAUCUUCUUUACUUUAUAUUUUUUAUAAUCUAGGGAAGGAGAAAUUCACCCUGGUAUUUGAAAUUCUGAGUCAUUAACUGAGGUAACCGUUAGUCAUUUAACUCUUGCUUUUUCCAUGAUGCUAACAGUACUGGCUUUAAUAGGGUUACUUUCAUAGAAAGCGGAAGCUUUGUUUCUUAUAAACUAUUAAUAUUACCUACAUCAAAGUCAUUCUUCCUGUAAGGUUACGUUACAAUUUUGUUUCAACUUUAUUGAAGGCUAUUUCAGUCCUGCUAGCCUAUAAUUUUACCCUGUUACCUUUAUUGACCUGGAACCUAGCACAGUGGCUGGACAUGUAGUAGGUGCUUAAUAAAUAUUUAUUGAAUCAGUGAGUGUUCUUAGCUGUACAGUUACAAACAUUCUUGUAUUAUUUUUGUAGAUUAUAUAAAGUCAUCCACUAUUUGUAGAUUUUACUAGUUUAAUUCUCAUAAAGUACUCUCAUUUUCAGGUUCUUAACUUUUUAUCUUACUUUGUUUCUAUAUAUUAACAAAGAUUAGGCUUUUGCUUUUAAAAGUUUUAGCACUCAAAAAUUUUCAACACUUUCGUGCCAUGUUUUAGACUUUUGUUAAGCUAUGGAGCCAAAAUGUUAGUGAAGGCAGUCAUUUCCUGGCUUCUGUGCUUAUGAAUCAGAUUGUAACUAUUUCUUUGACUUUGGAUUUGUGGUUUCUUGAACUAAUUUAAGUGAUGCAGAAGAUGACUCUCGUUAGGCGUUUCCCCUCUUUUAAAAGUGUAUUUGGUGUUUUAUUUGUAAACAGGUUUUCUCCAAGGAAACUUUUCUCUACAGUCUCACUUCAUCAUCCACUUUGGAGUGAAAUCCCAUCUAUACUGAUCUCUACUUAUUUUCUUAUUUGUUACCCAUAUUUGUGUUGAUUUUUACUUUAUUUAUUUUUUCAAAAUAUUCCCAGAGGUUUUGAGGUAACUUCAGUCUGACUCAAUCUUUUGCUAGUUACUGGACAUUUUCCUUUAGGUUACUCUCCACCCACUUUGGGACUUGUAAAUGCUUAUCCUUCUGUUGGUUCCCUCUGGCGACUGAGUAAGUGAGUAAACGUCACAUGCAUGUGGUAUUGCUUGUCGGCGAGUGGAAUUCUAAGACUUCCUCUUAACAAAGAACAGUUUGACGUUAGUGCUUCUGGGCAGAAGAAUGGUCCUUGGGACAGUUCUGCUUCCACCUAAUAGUUAUGGCCGAGAUCAGGACAUGUCGUUUUGCUGCCUAUGCCCUGAGACCUCAGAAACUGCUCUACCCACCUUGACAGAUCACUUUGCCAGCUGUGUGGAGGAUGGAUUUGAGGGAGACAAGACUGGAGGCAGUAGUCCAGAAGCCUUGCACCGCCCCUAUGGGUGUGAUGUUGAGCCCCAGGCACUGAAUGAAGCCAUCAGGUGGAGUUCCAAGGAGAACUUGCUGGGAGCCACUGAGAGUGACCCUAAUCUCUUUGUUGCACUUUAUGAUUUUGUAGCAAGUGGUGAUAACACGCUCAGCAUCACUAAAGGUGAAAAGCUACGAGUCCUUGGUUACAACCAGAAUGGUGAGUGGAGUGAAGUUCGCUCUAAGAAUGGCCAAGGUUGGGUGCCAAGCAACUACAUCACCCCAGUGAACAGCUUGGAAAAACAUUCCUGGUACCACGGACCUGUGUCGCGCAGUGCAGCGGAGUAUCUGCUCAGCAGUCUAAUCAAUGGCAGUUUCCUGGUGCGAGAAAGUGAGAGCAGCCCUGGGCAGCUGUCGAUCUCGCUCAGGUAUGAGGGGCGUGUGUAUCACUACAGGAUCAAUACCACCACAGAUGGCAAGGUGUAUGUAACUGCUGAGAGCCGCUUUAGCACCUUGGCAGAGCUCGUUCACCACCACUCCACGGUGGCUGAUGGGCUGGUGACAACGUUGCACUACCCAGCCCCGAAGUGUAAUAAGCCGACAGUCUACGGUGUGUCCCCCAUCCAUGACAAAUGGGAAAUGGAGCGAACGGAUAUUACCAUGAAGCACAAACUUGGGGGUGGUCAGUAUGGAGAGGUUUACGUUGGCGUCUGGAAGAAAUAUAGCCUUACGGUUGCUGUGAAAACACUAAAGGAAGAUACCAUGGAGGUAGAGGAGUUCCUGAAAGAAGCUGCAGUGAUGAAGGAAAUCAAGCAUCCUAAUCUGGUGCAACUGUUAGGUGUGUGUACUUUGGAGCCACCAUUUUACAUCGUGACUGAAUACAUGCCAUAUGGAAACUUGCUUGAUUAUCUCCGAGAAUGCAACCGAGAAGAGGUGACUGCAGUUGUACUGCUCUACAUGGCCACGCAGAUCUCCUCUGCCAUGGAGUACUUAGAGAAGAAGAAUUUCAUCCAUAGAGAUCUUGCAGCUCGUAAUUGCCUGGUGGGAGAAAACCAUGUGGUGAAAGUGGCUGACUUUGGCUUAAGUAGAUUGAUGACUGGAGACACUUACACUGCUCAUGCUGGAGCCAAAUUUCCUAUUAAAUGGACAGCACCAGAGAGUCUUGCCUACAAUACCUUCUCCAUUAAAUCUGACGUCUGGGCUUUUGGGGUACUUUUGUGGGAAAUUGCUACAUAUGGAAUGUCACCAUAUCCAGGUAUUGACUUAUCUCAGGUCUACGAUCUACUGGAAAAAGGAUAUCGAAUGGAACAGCCUGAAGGGUGCCCCCCUAAGGUUUAUGAACUUAUGAGAGCAUGCUGGAAGUGGAGCCCUGCUGACAGGCCCUCUUUUGCUGAAACACAUCAAGCUUUUGAAACCAUGUUCCAUGACUCCAGCAUUUCUGAAGAGGUAGCUGAGGAGCUUGGGAGAGCCGCCUCGUCCUCGUCUGUUGUUCCAUACUUGCCCCGAUUACCUAUACUUCCUUCUAAGACCCGGACGCUGAAGAAACAGGUGGAGAACAAGGAGAACAUCGAAGGGGCACAAGAUGCCACAGAAAAUUCUGCUUCCAGUUCAGCACCAGGGUUCAUUAGAAGUGCACAGGCCCCCAGCGGUUCCCCAGCACUGCCUCGAAAGCAGAGAGACAAGUCGCCCAGCAGCCUCUUGGAAGACGCCAAAGAGACAUGCUUCACCAGGGAUAGGAAGGGAGGCUUCUUCAGCUCCUUCAUGAAAAAGAGAAAUGCUCCCACACCCCCAAAACGCAGCAGCUCCUUCCGAGAAAUGGAGAAUCAGCCCCACAAGAAAUAUGAACUCACGGGUAACUUCUCAUCUGUUGCUUCUCUACAGCAUGCUGAUGGGUUCUCUUUCACUCCUGCCCAGCAAGAGGCGAAUCUGGUGCCACCCAAGUGCUAUGGGGGGAGCUUUGCACAGAGGAAUCUCUGUAAUGACGACAGUGGUGGGGGUGGGGGCAGUGGCACUGCUGGGGGUGGGUGGUCUGGCAUCACAGGCUUCUUUACACCACGCUUAAUCAAAAAGACACUGGGCUUACGAGCGGGUAAACCCACAGCCAGUGAUGACACUUCCAAGCCUUUUCCAAGGUCAAACUCUACAUCUUCCAUGUCCUCAGGGCUUCCAGAGCAGGAUAGGAUGGCAAUGACCCUUCCCAGGAACUGCCAGAGGUCCAAACUCCAGCUGGAAAGAACAGUGUCCACCUCUUCUCAGCCAGAAGAGAAUGUGGACAGGGCCAAUGACAUUCUUCCAAAAAAAUCAGAGGAGGGUGCUCCAACCAGGGAGAGACCAAAAGCCAAACUUUUGCCCAGAGGAGCCACAGCUCUUCCUCUGAGAACGCCCUCUGGGGAUCCAGCCAUUGCAGAGAAAGACUCUCCAGGGGUGGGGGUGGCUGGAGUGGCAGCUGCCCCAAAGACCAAGGAGAGGAAUGGUGGGGCACGACUUGGCAUGGCUGGAGUCCCAGAGGAUGGCGAGCAGACAGGCUGGUCUUCUCCAGCCAAGGCUGCGGCAGCCCUCCCCACCGCUCACAACCACAAAGUGCCAGUCCUUAUCUCACCCACUCUGAAGCACACUCCAGCUGACGUGCAGCUCAUUGGCACAGACUCUCAGGGGAAUAAAUUCAAGCUCUUAUCUGAGCAUCAGGUCACAUCCUCUGGAGACAAGGACCGACCCCGACGGGUAAAACCAAAGUGUGCCCCACCCCCACCACCAGUGAUGAGACUACUGCAGCAUCCGUCCAUAUGCUCAGACCCCACGGAAGAGCCGACUGCCCCGACUACAGGACAGCCCACGUCAGAAACACAGGAAGGAGGGAAAAAGGCGGCUCCGGGGGCAGCGCCCGUCAGUGGGAAAGCUGGGAGGCCUGUGAUGCCUCCACCUCAAGUGCCUCUGCCCACAUCUUCCAUCUCGCCAGUGAAAAUGGCCAAUGGCACAGCAGGUACUAAAGUGGCUCUGAGGAAAACCAAACAGGUGGCCGAGAAAAUCUCGGCAGACAAAAUCAGCAAAGAGGCCCUACUAGAAUGUGCUGACCUACUGUCCAGUGCAAUCACGGAACCUGUGCCCAACAGCCAGCUGGUGGACACUGGACACCAGCUGCUCGACUACUGCUCAGGCUACGUGGACUGCAUCCCUCAAACUCGCAACAAAUUUGCCUUCCGAGAGGCUGUGAGCAAACUGGAACUCAGCCUGCAGGAGCUGCAGGUGUCUUCAGCAGCUGCCGGUGUGCCCGGGGCAAACCCUGUCCUUAAUAACUUAUUGUCAUGUGUACAGGAAAUCAGUGAUGUGGUACAGAGGUAGCCACUGUCAGCCUGGUGGGAAGAUGCACACAUUUCUGAGGGGAGAUGGAAGGGACUUGUUUUCCUGUGUUCUUGUUUUCAAAAAAUGAAAGACUGAUACUUGAGUGUGUUUAUGUGAAGUACCUCAGAUCUCUGAGUUCUCACGUUUACAGGUUCAUCUCAGAAAUAACAAAAAGCAAAACACAUAGGAGAGGGAAAUGAGAUGGGGGCAGGGCGGUCGUGGCCAGGAUUAGAAGCUGCACUGGGACAUCAGGAGACGGGUAUGUCGUGCCAUGAAGAACCAAAUCGAGCCCGUUCUUACCUGGAAUGAUGGGAAGUGGUUAGACGGGGCUGCUCUUGGCAGGGCCACAGUGACCGUGCCCAGACAGUGGAGUGGCUGCGGCACUCAUGCUGCACCAUCGAACGGAAUUGACCGGGGCUCCUGUAGGUACUAAUGGUGAUUAUGCUCGAACUCACCUAACGAAUUUGGUGGGGCAGAAGAAAGGAAAGCUGGGAACGUACCAGGGGAAGUUUUGUUUAAGGCUCUUAGAAGCAGCUGUUAGCCUUGCUUCAACAAGGUCACUGCUACAGCAAAAACUGCAGAUCAGUUUGCUAGAAUACAAAACUGGGAAACGUGGCCCUUCUCUAUGCUCCUGUCCUGUUUUCCAUUGGUGCAGGAAGUAAAGAAUGCUAGGAAGUAGUCGGGGGGAUUGAAAACUCCUCCUAAAAUCUUACAUUGAUUAGCAGAAGUCAGUUCUCCCAGUCUAGUGUAUUAUUUCCUGAUGGACCAGGAUCAGCUUUCUGUUUCUUGGUGCCUAUCUGUAAACCAUAGGCUUAGGGGUCUCCUUAGCGGUUCUUUGCUGCCCUUUGCUGGGCAGGCUGUCUUCUCUUAUUCCUGGCAGCAUUCAGGGCAUUAACCAACAUUGAUUUUGAAAAUAGUGGUCAUAUACAGGUUCUCACAGGAGAAUCCUUUUCUGACACAGUGCCCCUGCACACUGACAUACUGGCCAAGAACUUGAGCAGCUGUGUAUUUCUUCAUCAACUAAAACACCAAGGCGAGGGUCUCUUCUUGAAACCCAACGGCCAGGCCCAGAGGCGUGUGACUGAGAGAAGCUGGCUUGGGUCCUGAUGGUUGUUGCUCUGUCCCUUCCCUCUCCCUUAUCACCUGAGACCCAGUGUAGGUAGAGAGCAGGGAGAAGCAUUCUCUUACUCUCUAUGGAUUUUAAAUGAAUUACCCCAAAUUAUUCCUGUAUGCUUUUCUCCUCUCUUAUCCUUGCCCCAUUGUUGUGCUUGUUUGUAAAGAUCAUAUUGGAAAUAAUCUUUGAUAUUUAUUUUGUCAUUUCACCUCUGUUUUAAAAAUGUGUAAUUGAAGGAGCAGGUCAUCACCAGAGAACACCAAUUAGAUCCUGGAAACCUAAUGACUUAACGCUCAAAUACAUUUUGCCCUUGAAAAAUAGGCCUUUUCCAUCCCUAUUCAGUUAUAACUAUGGAAGCUAAUUAGGAUUGCAUGGAAAUGAAUCGAAUUGGUAAGAUAUUAUUAAUAUUCUUGAUAUCAGAUCUCAUUCCAGUUACCACUUUAUUCUCUUUUUAAAGCUUUAUGACCUGCCCUCCCCAGGAAGAACCCAAUAGAAAAAAAUAAAUCCAUUAUUUUUUCCUCCCGAAGGAAUAUUAACUUAGGAAGAUAGGAGUUCAGCAUUGAUGAACAGUGAGUUUUCUUCCUGGCUCUGUCAUCGAUCCACUGUCAAGCCACAGCUCCAUCUCUUAAUCUAUUAAAUGAAGGUAAUGAUACAUGUUCUCAAGGGUGUUUUCCAAAUAAGUGUAUAGCUAUCCCUUUGAGAGCAUCUCUAGAAAGCUCUUGAGUGCAGUGUUGUUAUGUUGAAUGGUUUUUCAUCUCUUCUUUGCUCAGUAGUAGACAAUGAAGUUUAGAACUGCUGAGAUUGCAUUAACUGGGCUAGAGUACUAGGCGGGGAAACUAUGUUUUGGACAGAGUUUGGCAUCUUUGACCAAGGAGGAAAUUUAGUUUUCAUUAAAAAGAAAGGAAAACUUGAUUCUUAUCAUAGCUGCUCCAGAGGAGGCCCAGGCCAAGAGAAGGCUAAGAAGGGAGGAGACGGUACUGGGCACUCCUGGGGGCUGGGUGAUCCCUGUCUGUCCAUCACUCACAGAGGCAGCACAGGCAGCUAGUGCUCUCGUUCAUCUCCUUGCAGCUGAAGGAGAAGAUAGAGCUCCCUGUAACUUGCGUUAGAAACUGACAGUCCUCCUUUCUUCUUUGCCACUUCCCUGCAUCAUACACUUCCAUAAACUUGAAAUCGUUUUAGCAAUUAGCCUUUUAAGGGUGGGACAGGGAAAGCUAAAACUUUAGAAUAUUACUAUGCUGCUUUUUAAGUUUAUCCCUGUCAUUGUGGGAUGCAAGUUGAGGGAUUAUAAUUGACUUUCAGGGGAUUUUUUUUUUUUUUUUUAAAUCAAGGGAUCUUUCCUUGAGAGCUCUGAAAAUAAGCCUUGGAGGAACACUACUGAGUGUAUUUCAGCUCCCUCGUCUUCUCACUGAAGAACAGUCUGGAGGGUGGGGGCUGUGUCUUACUCAGGGGCCGCACCUGGCUCUGUCUCGCCUGCGUUAGGUGCUCAGUGAGGUCAUGGAGAGCUGAUUUUCCUCAGCACUGUCGAAUAGCGUUGGCUGUCGUGGCACGCUCCAUCCACGUGAUGCUUGAACCGCGUAACUUCAGGAGGUGCGGGCUCAGGGCUCAGGUUAAAGAGGCACUGUCAACUUACUGUAAAAGUAGAACUUAGGCUUUUCCUUUUUCUACUUGAAAAGGACCAGAGUGAAAAAAAUAACCUUAUGUAAAUUUAAAAGUUUGAAUUCAAAGCAGAGAAAACUGCUUCUAGAAGUUUAAUUCUAUCUAGUUUAAAAGCAAAGCAGGUAGCAGGAGCAAAAGCCCUUCUACAAGGUGUUGGAAACUUUCUAAAGUGGUUAUAUGUAUGCAGACCUUUGGACUGCCAUGGCUGAAUCCUUUCAUGUACAGAUCUAUGAUUUCAGGUUAGAUUUCCUACCUUAAAAUGCAGUGUUUUGUGUAGAAUACAUCUUGAUUGUACUUUACAUGAAAUAUUUUCUUAAAAGGCUUUGUGUAAAAUUAGAAUGUGUAUAUUUUCCUACAGACUGCAUUGUGAUUUUCAGAGAUACAGCCUUAAAAAAAAUUGGCCCUAAGAAAUUCAUUCAGUGUUUUUUGAGAUGACCUCUGUGCAUUGAGGUCAUUAGUGGAGACCCUUUCCCAGCUGCAUUUUGGGGUUUAAAUCAGAAUUUUCUUACAAUUCAGUUGAAAGUUGGCUAGUAAAAUAGUGCCCAGUUAAUAAAACAUGCUGACUUUGCUAAGGCAUAGCCCAUAUUUAACUAAAGUCAUGGGGCUUUUGAGUUUAAAGGACACGGUAUGGACAGCAAUUAGGAGUUCAGACUCUAAAGCCAGUCUAGAAGUUGAGGCAUUUAACCUUCCUGGGCCUUAGUUUCCUCAUUGGAAAACAGGGAUAAUAGUAGUGACUACCUCAGGGUUGUUGUAAGGAUGAAAUGAGAUAAUGUAUGUGAGCUACUUAGCUUGAGUGCCUAGCACAUAAUGAGCACUCCAUAAGUGUCAACUACUGCUAUUAUUAAACUUAGUCCAGUGAGUCUUAGCCAGGGAUGCACAACAAAAUCUCCUGGAGUUUAAAAAAAAACACAAAAAAACCAUUUCCAUUGGCCUCACUCCAGAUCAGAAUUCCCAAAAGGGUGGGGUCUUCGUGCAUUUUCCAAGAAUCCCUCCAGGUGUUUCAGACAGCCGACACUGUCUGAACACUGUCACUACUGAGUCCUUUUCUUUACAGCUUAAGAAAUUGGAAGAGAGGAUGGUUAAGUUACCUGCCCAUUCUCUCAGAGCAGUUAGUUAGUGGCAGAGCCAAGGCUAGAGUUCUCGUCUCUUGACUUUCUGGUUGCAGAGUCUUUCCCCCAUUCCUGCUGCCUUGUGAGACACUGCAAGAGAAGUGGCUCAGAUAGACAAUCAGUCUGCACGGUGCUGCACACUUUCUAAAGCACACGCUCUGACCUUAAGGGGCUUGAAUGUCGAGAAUGGCAACACUAGCAAAGCGGGCAUUUGGUAGCGCUCAGUAAUUUAAAGCGUACUAUUACACACGGGGUCAUUCUUUUGGACAGACCUCAGCAACACGGCAGUCCGCACUUUGUAAUGAAGAAAUACCAACUUGUUUUUAAAAAACCUAGUCCUACAUUCCUUCUUCUUAAAAAAAAAACUUUAUUCCAUAUCAUUUUAGUGACUAUGAAACAAUGUAUAUGAAAGCACUUUGAGAAAAGUAUCAAAUGUAAUAUAACUAUAAAGUAUUAUUAAUGUCUAUUUAGAAGAUAAAACAGUUGAUUAGAUGCUGAUUGACUUAUAGGCUUUUACCUGUGGGGGACCUGAAAAUGCAGAUAUAUGAACAAUCACCUGUGUAAUUUAUCACAUUUAUAAAUAUGAACCUGCUAAAGGAAUAUGUGCAGGUAUAGUAAACAUUUUGCUAAAAUUGUAGCUCAAUGUUGGAUAACUUCAGAAAAGUAGGGACCAACUUCUGGUUUAAUUAUAAUCUUCAAAAAGUAGGAAUGUGUACUCACUCCAGAACAAAGAAGCUCUUCCAGGGACCUUGACUCAAGAGGAAUGAGGCCCUCUUACCCUUGGCUUAUCCACUACAUGUGCAGCCAUUUAGGAUUCUAAAUAUGGUGGGAGCAGACUUGUUGCCUGUUGAUGUUGACAGUGUCUUUUUAAACCUAUGUCCUGCGUGGUUUUGUUGUUUUUUGGGGGGUGGAGGGGGAGAUUGCAUGGCCGUGGAACUGGUGCACUUUGGGAAUUACUUUCCUAGGAUUUCCUACCAGUUAUAAAUGAGCUUGACAUUCAUUGUCCAUGUUUAUUUUUUUCUAAGAGUAGUAGCUGAACAUAACUCACCUAUUAGAUUAUGAAAUGCUCAAGAGUAAAUUGCAUCGGUGGCCACUUUUGAGUUAUGGCUACCCUGCCUUCUGACCUCUCCCACUUCCUUCCAUUUUUGCUACUGAUGUCAUCGUUACUAUCAGGCUCUGCCCCUACAGGAGGCACAUUGGGCUGACAGGGUUGUCUGUGUUUUUGUUCUUGAUGAUUUGGGGGUUUCAUCAUCUUGCUUGCAUUAACUUGUACCACCUGGAUUUGGGGUAUGUCUCUGUGCCCUAAGCAUCUGUUAUGACGAGUCUUCUUUAUGUAGGUGGGUCUCUGCACGAAAGUUUCUUCUUACAUGUUAAUAGAUUCCAGCUGUCUGUAUCUCUGUCUUAGCUUCUAUCCAGCCAGUAGCUCAGUUCUUUUGUGAAUGCCUGCUUCAGUAUGGGAUAUGUGGGAGCAGGAGACAGACAGAAAAAGGCAGCUCCCAGGGAGCCUUUACCUUUAUGACAACGGCAGGCAAAGGCACCUGUACCUUCCAUGUCACAACCCAGGGAAAUUGCUGCUAGCUGCAGCCUCUGUAGGAGAGGCCUUGGGCUCAUUCUAAAACUUGUCCCACUCUUAACAGUCAGGAUAUUUAUAUCCUUUGGAUAGAGUUCCAGUUUUCCAACUACAGGCUUUAAAAAACCCAAUGCAAGGCUUGCUUUUUUUUUGGCAAGUCAGUAGUGCCUGGAGUAACAAUUACUGUUACAGCUCUGUUCCAGCCAGAAGGUCACUGCCGUCCCUGCCCUCCUGUGUCACCAGGGAAGCUGGGUGGCUUUCAGGCCCUUGGAGUGGGCUGCACUCUGCUGCAGAGCACCUACCCUGGUGACGGUCUGAGCUCCAGCCUGUCUUCUGUGAAGUUUACCAUGGUGUCCAAAAGGACAAGUUUCUGCUCUGGGGCUGCUGCGUGAAAAGGUGUAUGUUCUAUGUUGAGAUAACAUGUGAGCAAGGCAAUAGUUCCCUCAUUUCUGACUCAGUAUCCCAGAGCCAAAGGACAGGAAAUUAGGGAAGGCUUCACCCCGUGAUCAUCGGGGGGAAGAAGAUCCCAUGCUUGUCCCCAGGUGAGGAGGCCUAGGCAGCUCGUCUUGAUUCUAGGCCGAUGUGGAGUGGGAGGGGUCACUCCUGGAGGGCUGUACCCUCAAAGAUGGGUUCGUGUGUCUUGCAGAGGGAAAGACUUGUCGGCUGGGUUGAUGUUGCACGAUUACGGAGCUAGAACUGAGCUCUGUAGAAUGGAGUAGAAAUGAGCUUUAUGGGUGGCAGUGGCUCAGAGGCCCCCAGCGAGAGUGCCACACGUGCAACGUUCUCCCCACAUGGGGUGCUGGUUUGCAGAUGCUGCACCGUUCUCCAUCCCACUCGCUCAGCUGGGGAAGGACGCUCUAACUGGACCUUCCCUCUUCUUCUUUGCUCCUAUGUACAAUGAUAAAUUUGAAAUUGUUUACCUCUCCUAGAAAAAUUUUGUCCCUUAACCUCCCCAUUGCUGCGUGCCCUGAACACAGUGGCAAGGCCCUGUUAACUCAGCCUGAGGCCACAGGUGGUGUGUGCACAGGUCGUCAGAGCUGCACAUCAUCUAAGGGAAAGAAUGUCUCCUUUUAGUCGAAAGGCUAGGCCCAGCAUUGUCCUCAGACCACACCAUGUGCACACGCUCUGUGUCUGUUCUGUGAGUUCUUUGUUCUUCAUGGUACUUGAAGCAGCAAGUUUCUGGGCCUGCAUGUCACUCCAAGCUACUGAGCUGUCCACAUGGCGUGAGGUCUCAGAGCAGUAUAGUUAAUUCUUUAGGACACAGUGGAGGCAAACUGUCAAAUGCUAGCAGGCUAUAAAAAAGGAAAUACGGAGAGUUUGCAUGUUUGGGACUUGCUUAGAUUUGCUUCUGAGCCUCAGGAUAGGAGUUUUAAAUCAUGUAAUUAAGCACCAUAAACUUUGGUUGAAGAAUGGGACUUCUGGUUAUAAAAUUUUCACAUAUAAGGAUACUUAAUUUUCAGCCGUUAUAACACAGUAAUAACACAGGUAUGCCAAAUAAAUUUAUGCUUGAUUGAGAAGGUAUUGCAGGAUCCUCUGAUGCUUUAGGGUCAUGAGUGGUGAAUCUGAAAUACUGUUUAGUACAAUUCAGAGGUACCAUACCAUGUGUCGUGAGUGGCAAGAAUGCCAAGAGACAGAUGCUUCUGGUAGAUGAGGACCAGAUAAACCAGUCUUCCUCCAUUUUGACAAGCUGUUUUUCACUGUGGCCACUGUUCUUGGGACUCCAUUAUGAGAGAAAUUUUCUGAGAUCUUGAGAAAUCACCUUGAUUAGGCUGAUUGUCCUUCAGAGAAACUAGUAUUCAGAAAUUAGAAAGGACAAUGAGGUACUCAUCUUACAGUUCUUUAGGGCAUAUGUUUGAAAACCCUCACGUCUCAGAUCUAUCUAGAGGGUACACAUUAUGUCCACCUUAUGUACAUACACUGUUGUUGUGCUCACUAAGAAAGGGGAGUGAGUGAAGGAGGAGUUAAUCAGAUCUUUCCCUGUGGUGAAUGGAGGCUGUGCCCUGGUUGGUGUGUUUGCCAUGAACAGGCUGGCUGAGCUGUUAACGCAUGCUCAGAACUCCAUCUCCUGGGUAGACCCCACACUUUUCCUUCUUUGCAGUCUGAUUCUGUAAUGACUAUCAGUGGAGAAACCCCAGUUUUUAUGUUCGCUUGGCAAAAAUAAGUUUGAAUGUUUCAUGGUGGUUGACAGAACUUUGUCCUAAAACAUAUGAUUCAGAUUCUUUAAAACUUGUUUAACGUUUAUACCAAAGGUCACGCUCUGCAGGUGUGUGCACGGUGGGUGCACAGAGGGGGAGGUCUGGAGGGCUAAGGGACAGACAGUGUGGGAUUUAAUUGAAAACACAUCAAUCAUGGGUCACACUACCAGUGUUGUCGGGUAUUUGUUCUUAAUUGUUAUUGUAAUAUAUUUUCCGGUGUUUGUUUUUCUAAUUUAAUUCUCUCACCUUGUUGUCUGACUGUGAACUGCUAACAGUGUUAAACUUGAUGUAAAUAAAUGAGGCCCUGAAAGGGGAAUGCUGUCUGCCUGUUGUCUCACAAGGCUUGCCAAUUUGUGUUUUAUUUUAAAUAAAGGUUGCAAUAUUUUAUUGGCAAAA